UAAAUACCCUCAAUUCUCGCAACAGUUCCAUACACACAUUCAAAACAGCUCUUUUGCUUCUGUUUUCUUUGUUUUGUGCUGUCAUUCCUUUUCAACAUUGUUGGCAACAUGACUAUCCUCAUUGAGCAGCCUGAUCUGGGUUUACAGGGGGAGGAUAAGAGGGUUCCUUUUGAUAACAAUGACUUGGUUUUGGAUGGAGGAUUUCCAGUUCCAAAAUCUAUGCAAGAUGCAGGGUUUGAGGCUCCAGAGAUCAAUUCAUUUGGCCACUCAUUCAGGGACUACAAUGCCGAGAGUGAAAGACAACAGACAGUUGAGGAAUUCUAUAGAGUGAAUCACAUUAACCAAACAUAUGAUUUUGUGAAGAGGAUGAGGGAAGAGUAUGGGAAGUUGGAUAAAGUGGACAUGAGCAUUUGGGAAUGCUGUGAACUUCUCAAUGAUGUUGUGGACGAUAGCGAUCCAGAUUUGGAUGAGCCUCAAAUCGAGCACUUGUUGCAGACAGCUGAGGCAAUUAGAAAGGACUAUCCUGACGAAGAUUGGUUGCACCUAACUGGACUUAUUCAUGAUCUUGGAAAAGUUCUUCUUCAUCCUAGCUUUGGGGGCCUUCCUCAAUGGGCUGUUGUUGGUGACACCUUCCCUCUGGGGUGUGCUUUCGACAAAUCGAUUGUUCAUCACAAGUAUUUCGAGCACAAUCCAGAUUCAAAAAAUCCUGUUUACAACACUGAAAAUGGAAUUUAUGUGGAAGGUUGUGGCCUAGACAACGUAAUGAUAUCAUGGGGGCAUGAUGAUUACAUGUAUUUGGUGGCUAAGGAAAAUGGAUCAACUCUGCCUCCAGCUGCAUUGUUCAUCAUCCGAUACCACUCUUUUUAUCCAUUACAUAAGUCAGGAGCAUACACGCAUUUAAUGAAUGAGGAUGAUGUUGAGAAUUUAAAGUGGCUAAAAAUUUUCAACAAAUAUGAUCUCUACAGUAAGAGCAAAGUUCACAUUGAUGUCGAGAAGGUCAAGCCAUAUUAUCUUUCUCUCAUUGAGAAGUAUUUCCCGGCGAAGCUGAGAUGGUGAAUGUUCCAAAUUGAAGACACAUUAUUUGAGAUAUUAACGAAUUUGUUAUUGCGCUUGAUUUGUGCACAAAUAACACACAACAGAAAUACGUGAGUGUGAUGUAAUUCCUCUAAUUUUAUCCAGAAAUUUCUAUCAAUAAAUGAUGUACAAUGCAUUUGGUGGAAUUAAAUUUCAUUCCUUUA